AUGCACAGAAAAUGGCUGAAGGAGACGAUUGGGCAGUUUAAAAUAGAAAUAAAGGGCUCCAGAGCAGAAACACACGGAUUUCUAGUAGGAAUAAAGGGCAGGAAAGAGUGGAAGUUUCAUGCGCGCUCGUGUGCGACAGUGCAGGACUUGUGCGAGGAGAUGCAGAGGCAGACGCGGGCAGAGAGUGUGGGCCCCGUCGAGAAAGUCCACCAGAUGAAAAUAAUAGAUAUGAAGGAGGAGGUGGAGAUAGUGGUGGAAGGCAAAAAAGUGUUUUACAUAGAAAUAAGCAAGAUAUCAAUAGACCCAAACGUGGAGGAGGGGGAGGGCAGAGACCCCAUUAUGGAGCUGAACAAAAUAGGCACAAAAAAGAGAACGUGCAGAAUGUGCAAAACCAGAAUAGCCUUGUACAGGCGGGUUCGGGACGUUUUGGUGGGCCCUGAGAAGAACGUUCUGUGCGUGCAGUGCUACACGGAGUUCCACUGGGGCAAGAACGGAGAGAAAAAGUACGAGGGGUUCAUAUACGAGCCCAAAAGGGGGUGA